UUAAAAAAUAAAAUGCUUAAUCGUUAUAUAAUAACUACGUUUCUGCUUUUGAGUAUUUACUCGUUAGCUGGUGCGAGAACAUCCAUUGAUUUGCAAAUUACAUUAUCGAAUGAGAGCAAAUUAAUUGGAAAAUAUUUGCGAUCGAAUACUGGAAGACCAAUUAAGGCAUUCACUGCCAUUCCAUAUGCAAAACCGCCAGUUGGUUCACUUCGAUUUAAAGCUCCAGAGCCAAUUGAAAAAUGGGAUGGUGAAUACAAAGCAGUGAAUGAUGGUCCAGAAUGCAUUCAACGAAAUGCAUUUGUACACAGCUAUAUUGAUGAAGGCACUGAAGAUUGUUUAGUUUUAAACGUAUAUGUGCCACACUCGUUUGAGGGAAAUGUGUCGAAUUUGGCUGUUUUAGUGUAUUUCCAUGGGGGAGGAUUUUUAGCUGGCUCUGGUAUCAAGACACUAUAUGAUCCUACUUAUUUUCUUGAUCACGACAUUGUGUUAGUCACGGCCAAUUAUCGUGUGGGACCAUUGGGUUUUCUUAGUACAGAGGACGCCAGUUGUCCAGGUAAUUUUGGUUUGAAAGAUCAAGCGAUGGUGCUUAAAUGGAUUCAACAGAAUAUUCAACGAUUUGGUGGUGAUCCAGACAGUGUUACCAUAUGCGGAGCAAGUGCUGGUGGGGCAAGUGUUACUUAUCUAAUGAUGUCUCCAUUAACUGAUAGUUUAUAUUCCAAAGGUAUUGCGAUGUCAGGCACAAAUCUGGCGCCAUGGGCACAACCAGCUCAUAGAGGAGUUGCUAAAAAGCGAGCAAAAUAUUUCGCAGAAUAUUUCAAUUGUUACUCUCCAAACGAUUGGCCCAAAACCAUCGAAUGCUUGCGACAUGUACCAGCUGCCAAUAUUUCAGUGGCGUUUUACGAUUUCUUUGAAUUUGACACUGAUCCCAUGGUAUUAUUUCAACCCGUUGUUGAGCCUGACGUGCCUGGCGCAUUCAUAACGAAACAUCCACGUGAUGAAAGAGCCGAAACAUCUUCAAAAAUACCAUUCAUGACUGGGAUCACCCAUGAUGAGGGUCUUAUGAAAUCAUUACCCAUCGUGAAUAUCCCAGGAUUAUUUGAAGAGUUUUCCGCUGAUUUAAAACGUGUCCUAUCCAUUUCGCUUUACUAUGAUCACCACAGUUUGUCUGUCCAAGACACGAUAACGAGAAAGAUCGACGAUUUUUAUUUCGGAAACAACUUUUCAAAAGAUAAAUUUACGAAUUUGACGACUUUAUUCGGCGAUGGAUGGUUUCUUGACGCAAUGGACUCUUAUUUACGAAUGAGACUUUCACACAGAGAUGCUGCACCCACCUACGUAUAUCUACUAACUCAUAAAGCAUCUGCCAGUUUCACUGAAAUAUUUAACGGUGAUCCAGAGACAUUUUAUGGUGUAUCUCAUGCUGAUGAGCAGCUAUAUUUCUUUCCGAAAAGAGAAAAACUCUUUUCGAACUCAUUGCCAACAAAAGAAGAUGACGAAAUGCGCAAAUCGCUUAUACAAAUGUGGGUAGACUUUGCUCGUACUGGAAAUCCAACACCUGAAUCGAGUAAUUUACCGAAAUGGGUUGAAGCAAAAGAAUUCCCACUGAACUACUAUCGCCUCGGUAAUCUUAAUUAUGAUGGAAAACCUAUGUUUGGAAUGGAAAGACAUGGAAUAUUUGAAGAGCGUACUAAAUUCUGGAGAGAAAUAGAAGCAUUUCAGCCCAGUGCCCAAUCAUAAAAAGAAGAACUGUAGAUACCAAAUACAAAACUCUUCAUGUCGUUUAUUGGAUGUUUUAUUCGUAAAUACUAAAAUAUGUGUGUAAACAGUUACAAGUGGUAACAUGUAUUCAAUGAAUGUCACAGAAUUCAAAUGUACCAAAA